AUGUCUUCAAGUAACGGUUUUCAAUCCAACGAGAAUACCUCAAGUUACAAAAAGAAAACAUACAUUCAUGACCCGAUACACAAUUUAAUGAAUUUUGAAGACUGGGUGUUAAAAUUCAUUGAUACUCCGCAAUUUCAGAGACUGCGUGAUAUCAAGCAGCUAGGAAGUUCACAUUGGGUGUUCCCCAGUGCUAGUCAUAAUAGGUUCGAACACAGUUUAGGAGUGGCCUGGCUUUCUCAUAAACUCGUCAAAAGAUUCCAGCAAGAGCAACCAACCCUUGACCUAGAACCAAGAGACGUGAAAUGUGUGACUCUUGCCGGUUUAUGUCACGACUUGGGCCAUGGUCCUUUCAGUCACGUUUUCGAUCACUUAAUAGUUCCAAGAAUAAGACCAGAUAUUUGUUGGAAACAUGAAGAAAAUUCAACAAGAAUGCUCGAUUAUUUGAUUGAUAAUCAAGGGAUUGAGAUUGAUAGAGAUGAUGCCGAUUAUAUAAAAGCGUUAAUUUGUGGUGAACCAAGAGAUUGUUAUUACACGAAACCUGGUAUAGAUUUCAAUGCUGACCGCCUUAUGGAAUUUUCUCGAGUUGCCGAGGAACAGAUCUGCUAUCCGCACGAAGAAUGGACCAACUUAUACGAUAUGUUCCACACUCGACAUUCUCUUCACAGGAGAGUCUAUAAUCAUCCAAAGGGUAAAGCCGUUGAGUUAAUGAUCACCGACGCGAUUGAACUAGCAGAUCAACAGCUUCACAUUAUAGAUGAAGCCCUUUAUGAACCAGAAAAAUUCAUGAAACUCAACGAUAGUAUCUUGCAUACAAUUGAGUGGUCAACUGAUGACGCAAAUGCAAGAAAUGUAAUAAGCCGCCUCAAAUCCAGAGAUUUGUAUAAGUUGGUAGACGAAAAGUUGAUACCAUUUGAAAUGGUAAGCACGCCUGGAGCUUUAGAGCGUUUGAAGAAAGCCAUCACUCCCCUUGAAAUUAUCGGACAUCAAGAAGAAUACGCUAAACUUCAAGAAAAGGAUGUCAUUGUGGACUUUCUCAAAAUCAAUUUUGCACAAGGAACAGACAAUCCCCUUGAUAAUAUUAAAUUCUAUAAUCGCUAUGAAAAAGGGGAAUAUAAACGGGUAUUCAAUAUUACUUCAAAGAUGGAUGGUAGUUAUCUUGUUCCGGAGCAAUACGAAGAAAUACGUGUCCGUAUUUUCACGAGAUCAUCCGAUAUUGAGAAGAAAGCUUUUAGUAAGCUUUUGGUUAAAUUAUGGCCAAAGGAAUCCGCAGGUUCGCCGGCAUUAACUCCUGCCCAUGCUAUACCAAAAAAUCACCAAUUCACUUCGCUUGGUAAAAGGAGAAGAAGUAACUCUUCGACUGAUAAUUGA